CAUGUGAUUACAGACACAAACUGGUCUUUUGUUUGAUUUUUCGGCUAACAGGAUAUUAAUUAUUGUUCAAUGUCAUGAGUUACUAAUCAUGACAUUAAUUAGAUUUAUUGACAUUAAUUAUGUUGAAUCUUUAAGUAUUGACUAAUUAUAAUUGUGCUUUAUUGUCAACCCAUUGUUAUCCUGUAAAUCAUAGGUGGUUAAUACUAUAAAGGUCAGCAGACUUGAUUCAGUGAUGGACAAAGGGAAAGCUAUCAAGUUAAUUUACUGCAAAUCCGGUCUCAUUCGGUGACAAUACUUGCUCAUAUUGAUCUGCUGUAAACAUACUCACACUAUCAACAUAAACAAUCACUGUGACAGAGUUAAUCAUUAGUAUUUCACGCUCAGACAUUAAGUGCUUGGUUUUUGGAUGUCUACCUUUUCAUGUGAUAAUUGCAGUGUCUAAUUUAUUGUGAUCAUCUCCAUUACAAAUAAUCAUCUUCAUCAGUUAACCUGCCAAAUUGGUUUUAUAUCUGACUAGUCACCCAGUUUUUAACAAUGGGAUUCACUUCUUGGCAUCCUUUGUGGAGAAUAUUUUUAAUCACUUUUGCCAUCGUAUUAUAUUUAUCUAACCAUUUAACGGGUCUUAAUGGUCUCAUCAAAUUGGUCGGAUUUUUUUUCGCACUCCCACACAUUUCAUGGCAAAUCUCAAAAGUUAUUAGGAACUGGUGUCAAUUAACUUUUGUUUCACCAAUCAAUAAAGCCGUUCUGAUUACAGGAUGUGAUUCUGGCUUUGGUCAGAUGGCAGCCAAAGCUCUAGAUACAUAUGGGUUCCAUGUUUUUGCUGGAUGCCUGCAACCUAAAGGUCUGGGUGCCCAAAAAUUGUACAAGACUACUUCAAAUAGAUUGAGAAUUUUAAGUCUUGAUAUUACCAGAGAAGAUGAUAUAGAUGCUGCAAUCAAAGAAAUUGAAGAAUCUGAUCUUACUCUCUGGGCUGUUAUCAAUAAUGCUGGUAUUGUGGAUUAUGGUGCUAUUGAAUGGGACAAUAAUGCAAACCGUAUCCGCAAAGUGAUGGAUGUUAAUUUAUUUGGAGCUAUAAGAGUUAUCUCUGCUUGUUUACCAUUGAUAAGGCGUUCAAAGGGAAGAAUUGUGAAUGUUUCUAGUGUUUUCGGUCGUUUUACAUUGAAAGGAUUGACUCCAUAUUGUAUGAGCAAACAUGCCUUAAAAUCUUACACUGAUGGCCUUCGACGAGAACUGACGGAUUUCGGAGUCAAAGUUGUUUGUAUCGAGCCUUUAUGCUAUAAAACUGAUAUGACCAAAGAGGAAAGAAUGGAGGAAGAUUUAAAUGCUUGUUGGAAGACUACCAGCGAUGAAGUGAAAUCAUUUUAUAGUGAACAAUACAAAACCGAGCUUCAAGAAUCAUUGGCUAGCCAUUUUAAGUUGGCUCGAUCUGAACUGAAAGAGGUUUCUGAGGCUAUUGAAGAAGCUGUGACUGCCUCUAGCCCACUUGAAUUUUAUCGAUGUACAGGACCAGUUGAUGGAUUGAUAGUUUGGCUUUGUGAACAAUUUAAUGACCAGUGUCUUGAUUUGAUUAUGAGAGCUUCUAAUUUGAAAAUGCUUGUCAAAGCUGUCAAUUUCUUUUCACCCAAGCAAAAAGUGAUUUAAAGUCAACCUGCAAAUUUA